CCUCUCGCGUUCCCACAGUGCUCCGCGGCAGCCAGUAUGGAGGCCGGCAGGACAGCGGUGCUACGAGUGAAGCGGAAGCGCAGCGCAGAACCAGCUGAGGCACUUGUCCUCGCUUGUAAACGCCUCCGCUCCAGCGCAGUUGAGUCGGGAGUCCAAAAGACGCCUCCGGAUGGUCUGGAGAGUGCAGCAGAAAAUAAUGUCUUCCAGUUGGUGGCCACUUUGCGCUCCCAGGAGGAGCCAGUCCAGCCUCUCCUGCGGGCGGCCCUGCGCCCAUCCCAGAGCAGCCAGCAGCGCAUCCGCAGUCAUCUCCGCGCGUCUGCUCAGGAGAUACGGCAGGAGGGCCGCUACAGAGUAGUCUCUAGCCACCGAUCUUCGGGGAUUCCCUCGGGUGGUUUGGAAUCCGAAAACGCGCCGGGAAGCCCAGAGGCCACGGCUGAGGACGCAGACUUCCAGCUGUUGGACCUGGUCCGUGAGGAAGAAGACCCAGAAGCCGCGAACGCCACAAUCUCCCGCAAAACAUCUGACCCAGAUGUGAUCCUCUGCAAUUCUGUGGAAUUGAUCCGUGAGCGGUUGACUAUAUCAGAAGAUGGACCAAAAGUUGAGCACCAGGAGGAACAGAAGGAUGACUAUGUGUAUGACAUUUACUAUUUGGACAUGGCCACUCCAGGAUGGAUUGAGAACAUCCUCUCUGUCCAGCCCUACAGCCAGGAGUGGGAGUUGGUGAAUGAUGACCAACAACCAGAGGACAUUUAUGAAGAUGAAGAUGAUGAAAACAGUGAAAAUAAUUGGCGCAAUGAGUAUCCGGAGGAGGAAAACAGUGACGGAGAUGAAGAUUCUAGAGGCUCUGAUGAUUACAACAGCCUCAGUGAAGAAGAAAGAGACAACAGCAGCCCACAGAGGUGGAGCAAAUACCCUUUGGAUGUGCAGAAGGAGUUUGGCUACGAUGGCCCCCAUGACCUGGAUUCAGACUGAUGAUCUUGUGAUAGCCAUGAGGUUCUACCACAAGCCCUUGAGGGUUCUGUGACUGCAGCGUCAGCCACACUAGUAACAUCCUCUCGGGUUUCCUGGCUUACCUUGUGGAAGGACAAAGCAUAUCCAACAGCACCAUUCCACCAUAGUGAAAACUUGCACUAAGGGAGUGUGUCUUUUCUACUAACUGUAGCGCCCCUUGUCUCAAUCAAGUGAUCCUACAGCCCAGGAGGAAAUGCUGUGCAAGUGAAGCUUCCUGGCCCAGGCAUUUUCCUGGCAUUCCCAUUCUCCUCCUACCCUGAAGCCAGUAAGUGGAAUAGAGUCUCCUGUUUUAUCAGCACUAAGACAGGGCUUUCCCAGGCGACCUGCCUCCAGUAAAAGCCUGCUCCUUUUGAUAGACUUUGGAAGGGCUUUAGUAGGUCUCUUGUAGCAGCACAAACUAGAUAGCAAUGGUCAUUAGGAAAGGAAUUAGGAUCCACCUGAGGUGUGAGAGGCUUUAGUUAACGGCUAUCUCUACCUCCCUGCUUCCUGACUCUGACAAUGGUUGCAAAGAUUGCUGUUUUCCUCUGGCAACAAUGCCAAGGAACAGUAUGUAUGAAUGUCUUUAAUAAAAACUAACUUUGAACACA